AUGUUGCGUACAAGGUCCCGCCCGUCCCGUAAAACUACAUGCAUGGCCUUCGAGAAUGCUGGCGGAAUCCUGGAGAAUGGGGAACUCAAGAUACCUGCGAUCAGCAGUCCGGGUACGGAGAAGUCCUCCGAAUACUCGGGUCGCGAUGAGAUGCCCACAUAUUACAUACAUCCACAUUAUCAUGAAUGCAGCUCUGCGCUGUUUUACCUCUCCAUCGGUGCGAAGAAUUACGAAUUUCGUCAGACAAACAAAUAUCGAUCCCCAACAACCCAACCACAGGAUUCAUCCUGGUUCUUCCCAUGUGAUGGGGCUAGAAUACGCAUCAUUUCUGAAACCUGA